AUGAACCCCCUCCUUUUAAUAUGCUCCUUGUACCUUUUUGGCUCAAAUAUAGAACCGCACUUUGUCUGUUCCUGCUCUACUACCAAGAAGAAUGAAGGGCUGGGGAGUGUGCUUGUCUCCAAAUUGAGGGACCUCUUCGGAAGGAAACAGCAAGAGAGAGAAAGGAACAUCAUAACGUAUAAGAUUGUAAAGCAUACAUGUGAUGAGCAAAAUGGAGGGAAUAAUCAGAACAAUCAGAAGAAACCCGGGUUUGAAGUGUCCCAUGUGAAUCGACUUAUCUAUAUUAACAAAUCGAAGACAUUCAUCUUGGGUGCAUACAUACCUUACAUAUAUAUGAGUGUGCGAGACAUAUACAUAGUUCUGAAAAAAAUAAAGGAGUUAAAUUUUAAUACAGUCUAUACCUUCCUCUUUUGGCCUGAAAAUGAAUAUUUAGAAGAUCUCUAUGAUACAACCAAGUCGAAGCUUUUCUACCUCCUAAACUUCUGUGCGUCUAAUGGACUCUUCGUCAUCUUAGACAUAGGGCCCUACAUUGAUAACAUUUACAAUUCGAAUAUCCCUACGUAUGUUUUGUUCAGCAAGAGGUUAAAUGAGUACAUAAGGCAUGUGUAUAUGGAGAAGGAAAGAAAAGAAAAGAAAUUUACCAAAAAAAUUGGAGACUACUUCUCCGACCAUGUUUUUGGGAAGAAAAAGAGAGUGAUCAUAGAGGAAGACCCCCUAAAGGUGAAAAGAGAACACAUAGAAAAUGAAAUAGAUAGGAAGAAAUCUUCCUACACGAAGGGAGAGCAUAUAUAUAAUAACCUCUAUAGCUUGUACUAUUUUAAGAGGGCUAUAAAAUGGUUUAACUACAUCCUCCCUCGGUUGAAAAAAUAUGCCAACGUGAAUAAUGGACCGAUUAUUUACCUGAACAUUGAUAAAACGUUCGAUAAUUACUACAUGUAUGUAAUCAUAGAUUUGAAACGAAGGAACUAUUUCCGAAAUGUAUGCAGUGUGGGGAGCUAUUUGAAGGGUUCCAAAUCGGAGGAGGAAUCCUUCCUACAUUGUGUCAUUAAGUUUUUCAGACGGGUUAGAAGGAGCUACAUACUUACCCUAGGGUAUGUUCUCUAUGCUAGGUUUAACCAAUAUAUGAGAAUUUUAAAGGAGUACGAAUUAGGGCUCAUGUACAUUAACGAGAUUUACAAACUGGUACAAUUGCAUUUCGGAAAAAUAAACACACUGACGACGAAUUAUCCUUUCAUUAGAGACGAGUUUAUUAACUCCUAUGCGGGGAACAACUGCUAUAAUCAUUUUUUUCAUAACAACUGGUUUGACAAUGAGUGCAUAAAGUUGAACAAGCCUUGUAUCUGGUCACAGGUGUGGACUGGGGCCAAGUACAGCAUACAUAAUGUGAACUCUCCCAGCAUUUUGAGGCGACACUUCGAGGAGCCCAUCGUGUAUGAUUCCUCCCCGUCGGUGGCUUCCCCUGUCAGUGAACUGGUGGCGAGCCAGUCAAGAAGUUUUAAGCGCGACGAGGGGAGAGAAGCGGGAGUGGAAGCGGGGAACGAAGUGGGAGACGAAAUGGGACCUUCCACAGAGCAAUUGGCGGACCUUUCUGAAGAGUCCUUGGAGGACCCUUCUGAAGACUCCUCGGAGGACCCCCCCCAAGGGGAAAUCCAUAUGGGAGUGAAGAGAGUCCAAAGCAGAUACAGCAGCAACAACUACAUUGGCCACAUAAGAAACUUCAAAGAUCUGACGUACAACAUAUUAGUGUUCCUGGCGAAGGGAGGGGUGUUCCUCAACAUAUUCCCCUUAUACAGUGGCAAUAAUAUAAAUAACACACACACGUACUUGGAGCAUUAUAGCAAAGAGACGGGGCAGCCACUUGAUCUGUACUUUAAUCACAAGGAACCUCUAUACUCACACAUUAAGAAGAUAUUCAAAAUUUUAUACAAAUAUGGGCAUCACUUACUAAAAAGUGAACAUUACAUACGGGCAGUGAAAAUAUCCACGAACAUUGAAAUGUAUGACUAUGGCGCUAUUAAGAUCAUUUGCAAUCACAACAUUAAGGGAAGCACCUAUGUAAAGGUUGGGCCUCUGAAUUACAACAUCAACAGCUUUAGCUGCAUUGUGUAUAAUGAAUAUAAGAAGAAAAUUAUUUACGAUUCUUCCUUCAAUUAUAGUUAUGAAGUUUCGUUUAUUAACAGAAAGGAGGUGUAUCCCCCGAUUGACAAGUAUUUGUACUCUCUCAACGCAGCGACGUCGGGCCCUUUGAUGUGUCUGAGGGAGGACAAAAAGGAGGACAUAAAAAGUCGCACAAGGGGAGGGCUGCUUCCCAAAAGCGUUGCAAAACAUAUGAAGAUUUUUUCCAACUUCUUCCCGAACAAUUAUGUACACCAUGUGCACGAAAUUAAUGUACUUAACCACUUCUAUGUGACCCUCGAUUUUACAAAAUUCCAGUGGUACAUAAUUUCGAUGAGGGAUGACGUCAGCUAUGUGAAAUUGUUCCUCAGUAAUUACAGCUUUUAUGUUUACGUGUACGCGGACGGUAAGUUUAUUUAUGGAGGCUUUAACGAGUACAAGUACAUCGAACUAGUGAACGCGAAGAAGGUCUACAUUAUUUGCGCAAAUCUGGGGUUGGGCUUCCCAAAAGAGAACAUCAGAACGGACUUCCUCAACCACAUAAAUGUGAAUGAUUUAAAGAGGAAUUAUUUUUUUUUUCAAGAUGGAGCUAGCCAAAAUGAAAUUAAAAAAAAAAAAAAAAAUAUGAGUAUGAAUGGAAGCUCCAGAGCGGAUGAACAAAAUGGCUACCUAGCCCUCAACACACACACCCAAUCAGGAAAAAAAAAAAAAAAAAAAGAAAAAAAUAUGAACGAGUCAGGAGAGAAUUCAACAAAGGAUGACCACCAAAAGGGGAGCAAGACAUGUGUGCAAAGCGAUGUGCAGAAAGAAUCAGACGAAGAGGAAUCUACAAACAGUACGUGCAAUCCACGACGCACUAUCUUCGACGAUUUGGAGCACACGACGCUCCAAGUGCGUAGCAACAAAAAUGGUUGCAGCGGUAUGUACGAUGAAAAGGAAAGAAGUAUGCACAAUUACUACUCGGGAGAAAGUACCGACACGUUCAUAUUUAUCGUCACGAGGAAUGAAUACGAUUUGUACAGCUGUGUUGGUCUGCAUGGGGAGAUAAUAAAAAAUGAGAAAAACGUAGAAGUGUACAAGAAGAUGUACAACAUGUUCGACUACACGUAUGUGAAAUCGUAUUUGUUAAACAGGGGGGGAGAAGAAAGAGCAAAGAACGGGGCAACAUCAAGUAGCCGAAGCGAAAAGCUGGAACAGAGAAAUAUGAACUUCGAAACACUGCUGGAUGGUAAGAAGACGGAAAUGAAAAGUAUAACCAAUUCGUUCAUAAAAAUGUGUUCUUCUGGAUUUUUCUCCUUUUUUUUUAACAAAAUUAAAUAUUAUUGCAAAACGGGGAUUUUUAAAUAUUUAAACAAAUUCAGCAAGGUGAAUGAGAACAGCAUCAAUUCGCCUCUAACGUGGUACACUUUACUCUAUUUUGUAAAAAAUGUGGACUACAUAAGAUCCAAAUAUUCGCUAAAGCUAUCUGCCUACGAUGAGAAGGUGAAAGAAAUUGACGGGCUGAGUCGCGGGUUUGUCUACAUUAACAACCACAUGUUGGGAAGCUUCUGGAUAACGGACGAUGUAGAAAGCUACGAAAAUGAAAUAAAUGAGGAGAAAAAAUUAAAAAAAAGAAAAAAAAUGAAAAAGGAAAAAAAAACAAAAUUUGCAACGAAUGAAAAUUUAAUUAGUAUCCCACUAACACGGUACAUGCGCAUACCGACCGACUGGCUGAUUGAAGGAAUCAACGUCGUCAUCGUGUUUGACGAAUUUGGAGGAAACCCCUACAAAGUCGAAAUCGUUCGUGAAGUGUUAGAAGGGGGAGUAUACCGGCUAACGAAGAAGGAGAAGUAUGUAAACUGGGUUUUGUUCCUCUUCAUUUUGAGCAUUAUCGUCUUCAUUACGUAUUUUUGCUUCAAGGCUCUGCACAAUUAUUUCAAAAUUAAAGAGGAAAAGGAAAGGAACAAGCAGAAUUAUCAAAAUAUUAUCGAAAACAUCAUUACGCAUAAUAUUUAUGUGAACAGCUCGUACGAUGAUGCCACGGAAGAGACGGCGUCUGACGACAUUCAGAAUGUCAGCGAGUUUUUGGACUCCUGA